UUUUUUUUCGGUGGUCGGCGUGCAUGCAUCAGUAAAAUUACACCGGCAUCUUGUACCGGCGGAAUUUGAGAGAUCAAUCAAAGUCGAAGAUUGUCAAGACAACUGAUAAUAAUCUAUUCAUAUUGUGAAGACCAAUCUACGCCAAGGAGCACCCCAAAAAGUAUUUUUCCCCCAACUCCUAAUAAACAUCAAGGAUAGUACAAUUAAAAUAGUCGACCCUCCUCAGAAAAGCAUGGAGAACGGCUACCAUAAAAAACCAAGAUGGCAGGUCAGAGCAUCAGACGCUUCUCUACGUACUAUCAAUCCAAUCCGUGGUAUCGUUGAUGGUAUGAAACUGGAACCUAACCCUGAUAAGGAUAUCAUCGCUCUAUCAAUAGGUGAUCCAACCAAGUUUGGUAAUCUAGAUCCUAGUGAAGAUGUUGUAGAUGCUGUGAAUGUAUCACUAAAAUCAGGAAAGAAUAAUGGCUACAGUCCUUCUGUGGGUUAUGUUGAAGCCCGUGCUGCAGUAGCCAAGCAAUACUCACACCCUGAUGCCCCUCUUACCUCUGAGGAUGUAAUCCUGGCUUGUGGAUGUUCAGGUGCUAUAGACCUAGCUAUUGGAGUCUUAGCCGAUGCAGGUCAGAAUAUUCUGGUCCCAAGACCAGGCUUUGCUCUCUACACCACCCUCUCUGGAAGCUAUGAUAUUGAGUACAGACACUAUGAACUACAGCCCAGUAAGUCAUGGGAGAUUGAUCUUGAGAACUUAGAAUCUCAGAUUGAUGACAAGACAGCUUGUAUCGUGGUUAACAACCCAUCUAAUCCUUGUGGAUCAGUCUUCUCUAAGGAACACAUUCAAGACAUCAUUAAAAUUGCAUCGAAGCACCAUCUUCCUAUUGUAUCUGAUGAGGUGUAUGCCGAUAUGGUAUUCUCUGGCCAUACCUUCUAUUCGGUGGCAUCAUUGGCUUCUAAUGUUCCCGUGCUUACCUGUGGAGGACUGGCUAAAAGAUAUCUCUGCCCAGGAUGGCGUCUCGGCUGGGUUCUUAUCCAUGAUCCAGUUGGAGCAUUUGAAGAAGAGGUUCGGUUGGGACUCUUCAGAUUGUCUACCAAGAUACUUGGACCCUGUACACUGAUACAGAGUGCUCUUCCGGCCAUCUUUGAGAAGACAUCAAACAGCUUCCAUGAGAACACUAUGGAUGUAUUGAAGACAAAUGCGGAAAUAUGUUUUAAAUUCUUGGAUUCAACACCAGGCUUGAAGCCCAUCAUGCCCAAUGGAGCUAUGUAUCUCAUGUGUGGACUAGAGAUAGAUAAAUUUGAUGGCUUCAUGGAUGAUAUGGAGUUUGUUCAAUCUCUGAUGUCAGAACAGUCGGUUUUCUGCCUGCCAGGAAAAUGUUUUGAUUAUCCCAACUUCUUCCGAGUCGUGCUGAGUGUUCCAAAAGAGAAGACGGAGGAAGCUUGUCAACGGAUCAAAGACUUCUGUACCCGGCACUAUAGAGGUGGUGUCAUUAACACCGUAGAGGAGACAUGAAUGAGCAGCUGACCAGAAAAUCAAGAAUAUUCAAAGAAUAUUGAUGAUAUAGGGAUAUAUCAAAGUAUAGUAUAGUAUAGUUCAGUUGACGGUUGCAAAGUGUGACCAGUAUUGCUGCUUUGUAAUGAGGAAAUUGUGUGAAGUCAAUUGUGCAAAGAUCUUUAACUUGUUUUAUUGAAUUUCCAUGGUGUCAUGCUUUUACUUUCGUGACGUAGAGGAUAUAUGAACAUUGUAUGAGAGAUUGUAGUCAGGAAAAAAAAUUCCCUGUAGAUAUGCUUCACAAUAUGAUGUGCUGCGUAACAAAAUUCUUUUAGAAUGUACUGUAUAAUCAAAUCCCCACUGGACCACAAUCUAUGGUGAAUAUGAAAUAGAUUACGUUUUUAUCCAGUAUUACAUGGUAAUGAAUUAUGCAUAGCAUAUUGCUGGUAGACUGACUGGGGAAUUAACUCCCAUGAUGCCUUGUGAUAGCACAAGAUCUGUUUUCAUAUUAUUUGUCACUAAAGUAUGUGGCUGUAAAAGCUAGGAACUAAUUGAAUAUUUCUAGUUUGUUACCAUUGUGUUUAAAUGGAAAAGUUGUGUGCAAUAUAUAAUUCCAUUUAGUAUGAAGGUAUUAUUCAGUCACUACAGUAUAUUUCCUUUGUGCUUACAUGCACAAAGCAUUAUAUCUUUGUUGACAACAAUCAAUUCCGAUGGAUGGCCUGUAUUUAAAGGGGAAUGAAACCUUUGGAACAAAUAGGCUUGUGUAGAAACCCAAAAUUCAAAGAAUAAGACGAG